CUGGCUACGGCGCCAAUAAGCCCCCGACGCGGCGGCGGAGGCCGCCGCGCCGGCGGCGGCGGCGGGGCAUGCGGCGACCUGGACGCCGCGCUCUGCGACGACCUGCUGCAGGAGGUGUUCCGCCUGCUCCCGCCCGCCGCCGGGCCAGCCGUCUCCCUCGUCUCCCGCCGCUGGGUCGCGCUCCUCCGAGCCUCCACGUCCCGCCUCACCCUCCGCCUGCCGCCGGCCUUCGCCGGAGCAUCGGCGGCUCCUCUGGCUGACCUGCUUUUGCACUACCCUUAUCUAACCGCGCUGGCCGUCGUCUCUGCGUCAUCCGCCGCCGCUCACGACGCUGAUGCGAUUCUGUUCGCGGUGUCCGCCUCGCCCUCGGCCACCCGGCUCACAGCGCUGCGGUUCUCGCUCGGUUCGCCAGUCUCGCCCGCUGCGCUGGGCGCUGUCUCCGUCACGCUCUCCGGCCUCACCUCGCUCCACCUCACCGCUCUCAGCCCCCUGUCGUUCCGUUGGCUCGCGUGCUUGCCCUGCCUCAAGUCCUUCGCCUUUGUCAACUCCGGCGUUGCCGCCGUUGACUCGGCCGGCUCCAGCUCCGAUGACGCCUCCGGCGGCGAGGGCGACGCCGUAGAGGCGUUGCCUCUGGAGAGGCUAUCGCUGUGCGGCAUCCGCUCUGGCGACCACGGGUUCAGGUGGCUAUGGCAGCGCUGUGGGAGCCUACGGUGGCUGCAGCUGCGCGCUUGCGACGGCAUCGGAGAUGGCCCCGCGUCGACCGCCUUCUCAGGAUGCCUCGCCGGCCUGCUCGAGCUUGAGCUCCGCGCCUGCCGCACCGUCGCCGACCGCGUCCUCCUCAUCGCCGCUGACCGGUGUUGUGCUCUCAAGUCUCUCCUGGUGUACGACGGAGGCAGCAGGGAAGCCCUCCUCCAGUUCAUCCGUCAGCGCGGCGCCGCACUGCACACCUUGGACCUCCGCCUGCCUCUCGACCUGCACAACGACCACCUCCUUGCAAUCGGCGCAGAGCAAGGCCACGACAGCCGGGGCAGCCUUGCCGUGCUUCGCCUUCAGAGCUGUGUCCUCGUCACGGGGGACGGGCUCCGUUCUCUCGCGCGCACGGCCAUUGGGGCGGGCAUCAAAGAUGUCGCCCUGGUGAGCUGCGACGUGGUUGAACGGGAGCCUGGGCUGCUCACGUUCCUCAGCCAGAGCAUGCGCCACCUCCGCCGGCUUGAUCUGUCUUACAACGAGACGCUGAAGGACAAGGAGAUUGGAGCCAUGCUAUCGUCUUGCCGGAAUCUGAUUGACAUCCGGUUUAGGGGUUGCCGCGGCAUUACCGGAGAAUCACUGGUCUCGUUGCUUAGGCACUGUGGGCAGACAGUGGAGAUCGUGGACAUCUCCCGCUGCCCUGCCAUUAAAGGGGCCAGUGUCGAGCUCUUUGCGCAGCGGGCCACCCGGUUGAACCAUUUGGUCAUCGAAGAGAGCUCGGUGUCGGAGGAACUGAAGGCGAUUGCACGGACGAAAGGCAUGAAAGUUGGCUCAUUGCCUUGUGAUGGAUCAUUCUGAAGUACGGUAAUCUUCUUAUACUGCAUGUUGAAUAAGGAAAGUGUUUUCCUUGUGUAUAAUACUCUGGUGGGAAUGUGUGUAUGUAUGUCUUGUUAACUCUGAACUUGUCAUGAAAAAGCUCCUCUUGCUGCCUGGCAUGUAAAUUGAGCAGCAAGAAUUGUGCUAUUGUACAUGUGCCAAGUAAUAAAAUUCGAAUUGUUA